UUGACGUGAAGUUUUGAGGUUAUGUCAAUAAUUUUUAUUUGUAACCGGCCUUAAUAAUAAACUAAUUAUAGCAAUGUCGGAAACAGUAGAAUCUAGUCAAAAGAGAUGGGGUCAUUUAAGAAAGGUAUUGGAACGUCCCGGGCCUUUUUGCCAUCCGGAAUUCGAACCAUCAUCGGAAAUUUUGGAUUUUAUUAUGACCUCUUGUAAGAUUCUUAUUAUUGGGGCCGGCGGUUUAGGAUGCGAACUGCUGAAAGAUUUAGCUUUAAUGGGGUUUAAACAAAUUCAUGUCAUUGACAUGGAUACUAUUGACCUAUCAAAUUUAAACAGACAAUUUUUGUUCAGACAUAAAGACAUUGGGUCAGCCAAGGCAGAAGUGGCUGCUGAAUUUAUAAAUAAAAGAGUGGCCGGUUGUUACGUGACGCCCCAUUUUUGUAAAAUCCAGGAUUAUGAUGAAGAAUUUUACAGGCAGUUUCAUAUCGUUGUUUGUGGAUUAGAUUCCAUUGUCGCAAGAAGGUGGAUCAAUGGAAUGUUAGUUGCAAUGUUACAGUAUGAAAAUGGUGUUUUGGAUCAAUCUAGUGUUAUACCUAUGGUUGAUGGAGGUACUGAAGGUUUUAAAGGCAAUGCCAGGGUUAUCCUGCCAGGAAUGAGUGCUUGUGUUGAGUGCACCCUGGAUUUAUACCCACCACAAGUGACCUACCCCUUAUGUACCAUUGCAAACACACCUAGACUCCCUGAGCAUUGUAUUGAAUAUGUUAAAGUAAUUACAUGGCCAAAAGAAAACCCUUUUAACACUGCAUUAGAUGGUGAUGAUCCUCAACAUAUUGGGUGGAUUUAUGAAAAAUCUAUGGAGAGAGCUUUACAUUUUAAUAUACCUGGGGUUACAUAUCGUCUUGUACAGGGUGUGGUAAAGAAUAUUAUUCCAGCCGUGGCUUCUACAAAUGCUAUAAUUGCCGGAAUAUGUGCGACUGAAGUAUUUAAAAUAGCAACAAGUUGCUGUGUGCCCAUGAACAACUACAUGGUAUUCAAUGAUGUAGAUGGUAUAUAUUCCUAUACUUAUGAAGCAGAAAAAAAAGAAAAUUGUUUGGUAUGUUCUCAAAUACCUCAAGAAUUACCAAUAAAAGACCCUAGUCUAAUGAAAUUAAAGGAAAUAAUUUCAUUAUUAUGUGAAAGUGUUAUUUACCAAAUGAAAAGUCCUGGCAUUACUACUACAAUUGGCGGUAAAAAUAAGACUUUGUAUAUUUCAGCUAUAAAAAGUAUAGAAGAAAAAACAAAAGAUAAUUUAAAUAAAACACUUACAGAAUUAGGGUUAAAGGAUGGGUCUGAAAUAAUGGUUGCUGAUGUUACAUCUCCCACAACUUUGGUUAUUAAAUUGAAAUUUAUGAAUAAUGAUGUUGAAAUGAAUUGAGUAUUUAUAUUUUUAAUAAAAA